AUUAAUACUGAAUCCAGUGACUCCUUGCUCCUCUGCAUCAUGAGGUUUGAGGAUGUCCUGGCAGAAGUUGGUGUAUUUGGUAAGUUCCAAAUAUCAAUUGUCCUGAUUCUCUGCCUCCCAAGAGUCAUCCUUCCUCUUCAUUUUCUACUGCACAUCUUCAUCUCGGCGGUGCCACCCCACCACUGUGCCAUCACCAGUGAGGGCAAACUAGGGAAUUGGAGCCGAAGGGAAACUCGACUACUCUACAUUCCACAGGAAUCAGAUGGCACCUUCAGUUCAUGUAAUAGAUAUUCCCAUCCUCAAUUUCACCUGCUCUUUAACAGCUCAACGGGACAACCCAACGGGUCUAUAGUACAAGGUUGUACAGAGGGCUGGGAGUAUGACCUGUCCACCUUCUCGUCUACCACUGUCACACAGUGGGACCUGGUGUGUGAGAGAAAAGGAUUAAAUCAGGCAGCGGCCACUUUCUUCUUCAUGGGACUUACUGUGGGAUCAAUCAUCAGUGGAUACCUGUCUGAUAGGUUUGGGCGCAGGAAGAUUCUUCUUGUCUCUUUCCUUAUCAGCACCGUGUUUGGCGUAAUGUCAUCUUUCUCCGUGUCCUACAUCAUGUUCUCCAUUGGCAGAUUCAUCUGUGGAGUCGGCCUCAUGGGAAUGACUCUAAUCUCCAUCACUUUAGCCUUGGAGUGGACAGAUGUGGCGCAUCGCACAUUCUGUGGUACUAUCACUAGUCUUUCAUGGACUGUGGGCUACAUGGUUUUAGCCCUGCUGGCCUACUGCAUAAGGGACUGGCAAUGGCUCCUUUUAACUGCCACUUUGCCUUGCUUGCUCGGUAUCGCCACCUGGUGGUAAGAUCUCAUACUAUAGCUGUAAAUGCAUUCUUGUGCAGAUUGUACACAAUCUCGUGUGUGUGUAAAAAAAAAAAACUGACUUAAUUUAAAAGAAAAAUAAAUUGAAAAAA